UAUCACGUGACAGGGGCGGCGGCCAUGUUGCGUGGCGCUCAGGGCGCCGGGAUGGCGGCCUCUUCGUCGUCCUCCUCGCCGCCUUCCUCGCGUCCCUCGUCGUCUUCCUCGCUGCCUUCCUCCUCCUCUUCCUCCUCGUCCUCCUCUUCUUCCUCCUCCAGCAACUGGCUCUCCGGCGUCAAUGUGGUGCUCUUCAUGGCCUACGGGAGCCUGGUGAGGGCAAAAGGCGGCGGGAAGCGAAACAAGGCCUGAAGAGACAGAACAGGGUCCCAGAGCGGGGAGGGAGGGACCCCCAAAGGGAAUCCAGUCAACCCCGUUCUGCCAGGCUGGAAAGACACAACUUUGCGUGCUCAUUUUCCAAUACUUUUGCAGGUCUUUGUCCUGCUCUUCAUCUUCGUCAAGAGGCAGAUCAUGCGUUUCGCCAUGAAGUCCCGCCGAGGGCCCCACGUUCCAGUGGGACAACAUGCCCCCAAGGGCCUGAAGGACGAGAUCGAGCUGCGCCUCUCCCGGGUGCAGGACAUCAAGUACGAGCCGCAGCUGCUGGCCCCCGAUGACGCCCGGCUCCUGCAACUGGAGUCUCCCCGCAGCCCAUGCUCCUACAACUACGUCUACAGGAUGAAGGCCCUGGAUGCUGUUCGGGAGUCAGAGAUCCCUUUCUCCGCGGAGGGCCGGCACCCCAAGUCCUUGAUCGGGAAGAACUUCCGCUCGUACCUGGUGGACCUGCGCAACGCCAGCACCCCCUUCAAGGGCGUCCGCAAGAGCCUGUUGGACACGCUCCUCGAUGGCUACGACUGCGCCCGCUGCGGCACCGGGACCUUCGGAAAGGUGGAAUAUCUCAAGUACCAGGAAGCGCUGUUUGAGCUGGCCGCCAUCAUCAAGGCGCGGGGCGGCGGGAGCCAGCGGCAACACCAGUCGGCGGCCAAGGACCUGACGCAGUCCCCGGACCUGUCGGGCCCCACCAUCCAGGUGACCUACCUGCCCUCCAGCCAGAAGAGCAAGCGGCCUAAGCAUUUCCUGGAGCUCAAGAGCUUCAAGGACAACUACAACACCCUGGAGAGCACCCUCUGAGCAGCCCUCUCCGGCCGUUUGCGGACAUUGGUGGACAUCGGACAACACUCUCUGGCCUCCUUAAUUUAUUUCUCCUUCUCUGUGGUGUAUAUAUCUCUCUCUCCAUCUCUAAAGGCCUUCGCGUUGGUCCUUUACAUGGAACUCAUCCCUCUGCCCCGAGUGCAUUUUAUGAUUACAUUCCUCUGCCCUGAAUGAAAUUUAUUAAAAUAUUAAAAACAGA